AACAGGAGGAGGCUGCUUCUAUAAGAUGGCAUGUGCUACAAAAAUGGCAAGAAAUGAAAUGAAAGGAAGAGAAGAAGAGAAGAAUAAGAUCAUGUCAAUGGAAGUUAUGCAGAAGAGAUCUGUUGUUGGUGGUGGUGGUGGUGGUGGUGGUUGUGGUAAAGAAGAGAAAAGGGUUGAAUGCAAUGCCAAUGAAGAUGUGAGUGGGGAGAUUGAGAUUGGAAAGGUUGGACACGGAAGAUCCGCCCAAGAGGAUGAUAGUUCGAAGCCGUCUUCACCUAACCAGAUAGAUUCAUCCAUUAGCAAACAGGUGGCAACUAAGAUCAUGAUUGAAAGAUCGUCAACAGAUGGUAAUUCAAGACCAUCUGCAUCAAACCAAAAGGAGUCCACAACAAAGGAGGAUCAGCUUGAAUCCACGAAAGCUGAAAUGGGUGAGGUGAGAGAAGAAAAUGAAAGAUUGAAGACAAUUUUAGCACGGAUCGUGAAGGAUUAUCAGUCUCUCCAAAUGCAAUUCUACGACAUUCUUCAACAAGAACAAGCUAAGAAAUCCACAGAAACAACAUCCAGUGAUCAAGAAAUUGAAGAAUCCGAGCUUGUUUCUCUUAGCCUUGGAACCAAUUCAAGUGGGCACAAGAAGGAAGAGAAGAUGAGCAAUUCUAGCAAAGGUAAAGAGGAUGAACAAAUGAAAGAAGGCCUGACUCUUGGAUUAGACUGCAAAUUUGAAGAACCAAACAGCGGCCCAGUCGAACAUCCAUCAAAUCCAAGCCCUGAAAAUAGCUUCGAGGAACCCAAGGAAGAGGACGUGGGAGAGGUGUGGCCACCAAGUAAAAUCCUCAAGACUUUGAGAAGUGGAGAAGAUGAAGCUUCACAACAGGCCCAUGUGAAGAAAGCUAGGGUUUCUGUGCGUGCAAGAUGUGAAGCUCCAACGAUGAAUGAUGGAUGCCAAUGGAGAAAAUAUGGGCAGAAAAUCGCGAAAGGGAAUCCAUGCCCACGGGCAUAUUAUCGUUGCACAGUUGCACCAGGGUGCCCAGUAAGGAAGCAGGUGCAAAGAUGUGCAGAUGACAUGUCGAUCUUGAUCACUACCUAUGAAGGGACCCACAACCACCCUCUUCCAGUUUCAGCCACUGCCAUGGCUUCCACAACCUCCGCUGCAGCAUGCAUGCUCAUGUCAGGUUCAUCUAGUUCCCGACAGGCCAUCGGAACCUCCACCUCUGCUGACCUACAUGGACUAAACUUCAGUCUCUCUGAUAAUUCGAGAUCAAGGGCGCCAUUCUACUUUCCCAAUCCUUCGAUCUCAUCGUCGCCUUCAUACCCUACAAUCACACUGGACCUCACCUCACCUCCACCAUCCACAGCCCCACCUUCACAAUUCAACAGGUUCUCAACAACCUUCUCCUCCACUCCAAGAUAUUCUCCCACAAGCUUCAGCUUCUCUUCAUCAGAAUCCAACAGCACCCUACCAACAUCUUGGGCUAAUGGCUAUCUGAGCUAUGGGACCCAGCCAUACAAACAAACCCAAAUCGGGCCGUUGAAUCUGGGAAGGCAACCACAAGAGCACUUCUACCAAUCUUACCUGCAAAAGAACAACACGAGCCCACCUCAACAAUCGAUGGUGGAGACAAUCGCGGCCGCGACUAAGGUGAUCACAGCCGAUCCAAGUUUCAGGUCAGCAUUGGCCGCUGCAAUCACGUCAAUCGUUGGGGGAAGUGGGGCCCAUGGAAACCAAGGUGGGGGAGAGAAUUUUGGCCAGAAUUUGAAGUGGGGGGAGCCAUUUCAAGCAAUAUCUCCCUAUCCAUCUUCUUCAAAUGGAAAUGGAUGUGGACCCAGCUACUUGAAUAGAUCUUCUUCUACUGCUGCUGCUGCUACAACUACUUCAAAUACUCAGCAAGGGAACUUCAUGUUCCUACCACCUGCAUUGCCAUUGUCCUCCUCCAAGAGUGCAUCAGCAUCUACGGCUGACAAUAGGGACCACAACAACUGAUGAGCCUCUCAAGUAUUGGAUUUUAAAUGGCCAUGUUUGGCUGCCCCUUUUAUUGUAUUUUGGGUCAUUGAAUCUCAUACAAGGGUGAUGGAUUCUUUUAUCAUAAUGUUUUUGGGACACCACAAAAGAAAUGUAAUAUAGGAUGGUAGAUGGAUAGGUCACCAUGUGAAUAACGAUA